CAUUGCCCAUACUGCAUGUUAUGUGUAAAGGGACUUUCUUUGUACGUUUCAUUUAGGUCAGUUUGAUGUCAACUGGUCAAUUGCCAUUGCCAGUUUGUUCAACAGUAGUUAUUGCAGUGUAGAAGUAGUGUAUUGGUUGACACAGAAAUGGCUUCACUUCUAAGCCCAAAGCUAUGAAAACAACUGCCACCUCAAACUACAAUGGCAGCCCCAAUGAAUCUUCGAGCUGUUGCCGUGACAACUACGAGAAGAACUAUGAAGAGGUAGCGGUGAUUGGAAAUGGUGCAUAUGGCACCGUGUACAAGGCAAAAGAUCUGAAAAACAAUGGCAACUUCGUGGCGAUGAAGUCGAUUCGGAUCUCCAACACGGAGGAGGGGAUGCCGAUGAGUGCAGUUCGGGAAAUUGCCUUGCUAAAACAUUUGGAGAAGUCCGAACAUCCGAAUAUAGUCAGGUUGCUGGAUGUGCGUCAUUCUCAACUGACAGACACCGAGAUUCGCCUCAAGCUUGUCUUCGAGUACAUUGACCAGGAUCUGUCUACGUACCUAGAGAGGUGCCCGUCGCCUGGACUCGGUCCAUACAAAAUAGCGGACUUGAUGCAUCAGUUAGUGGAGGGGGUUGACUUCUUGCACAUCAAUCGGAUCGUCCACCGUGACCUGAAGCCGCAGAAUAUUCUCAUCACCAGUGAGGGUCAGCUCAAACUGGCCGACUUCGGACUGGCGCGUACCUACAGCUUCCAGAUGGCUCUGACCUCUGUGGUUGUUACAUUGUGGUACCGAGCUCCAGAAGUUCUACUUCAAGGCCAGUACGCGACCCCUGUUGACCUUUGGAGCUGUGGUUGCAUAUUUGCUGAACUUUUCAACCGGCGUCCACUUUUCUGUGGCCAGUCUGACAUAGAUCAACUCAUUAAAAUAUUCGAAGCCAUUGGACUACCUCCACAGUCUGAUUGGCCGGAUGUCUCGUUACCAUGGACAUCAUUUAAGAAAGUGCCACCGAAACCUUUGGAGAAAUACGUUCCUGAAAUAGAUCACAAAGCUAAAGAUCUAUUGGAGCGACUUCUAACUUUCAACCAUCAUCGUCGAAUCACUGCCAGUGAAGUGCUAAAUCAUGCCUAUUUUAAAGAGGAUUUGGACAGUAUUCGAACCUCCAGUUCCCUCUCGACGUCGGAGAGUGAUUCUUUCGAUACGGGGAGCCGGUCUGACACACCCGUCAGCAAGUAAAAAUUAUGGCCUCCAUUUCUUUUUUUCACAGUCUUUGGAUGAACGGGGACGUGACACAAGUAGACGUAAAUGGUUUCUCUGUGUUUCAGUUCAGAGAGUGAUUUCUUCGAUACGGGAAGCUGAUCUGACACACGACCGUCGGCAAGUAAAAACGAUGGCCUCCAUUCCUUUUUAACAGUUUUUGAAUGAACGGGGGCAGAAAACAAGCAGAAGUCAAUGUUUUCUCGGUGUUUCAGUUCAGAAUUUCAGUUCUCAAAGUUGAUGUUAGCAUUCAGUGUUCAUAACAAUUUAUUUUUGUGCUGUCAUAUUUCUACUAGUAUUAAUUAGUUCCUUUACACAGCUUUCAGGGGUCUAGCUUGGGAUUUCCAGGUGGUACGCAGACUUUUUCGACGAUAGAAUAAAACGCUAUUGGCAUAGAGCAUACACGCAUUUACAUCAUAUAUUUUAAUAAAAAAUCAAAAAUGUGUAAUCUCAAGUGGUAUGUAGCUGCGUACCUGUGUAUAUAGAAGAUAGGCCCCUGGCUUGUGUAUAAAAGUGCUGUGAGAAAAUGUAUGUAGCUGCGUACCUGCGUAUAUAGAAGCUAGGCCCCUGGCUUUUGUAUAAAAGUGCUGUGAGAAAAUGUAUGUAGCUGUGUACCUGCGUAUAUAGAAGCUAGGCCCCUGGCUUUUGUAUAAAAGUGCUGUGAGAAAAUGUAUGUAGCUGCGUACCUGCGUAUAUAGAAGCUAGGCCCCUGGCUUUUGUAUAAAAGUGCUGUGAGAAAAUGUAUGUAGCUGCGUACCUGUGUAUAUAGAAGCUAGGCCCCUGGCUUUUGUAUAAAAGUGCUGUGAGAAAAUGUAUUUUAUCCGAAGCAAACUCCAUUUAAAAGAUUAUAUAUUCUCAAAUGCUGUUUGCUUCCAUGUUUUAAAAAAUGGAUAUUCAGAUACAUUUUCUGUACAGUUACUUUAUCGCUGUUAGGGAUGCAGAAACUGCCUUCUGAAAAUUGCGAGAACGAUAAUUACGUUCGCACAUCUCUCACGUACGUCUUAUUUUGCAUAACCCAUUUUUCGUUUGUGUAUUAAAUUUAGUAUGUCAUUUACAUGGUUAUGACAGGUUAUGUAAAAAUAAAAUAAAUGACUAUUAUUAUCCACAUAGUUCAAGAUAUUCAGGGAAAUAUAAUCAGUAUGACAUAAUGAUUUCACAUACACCAUGAAUGACGUAAUUUUGUGAAGCGAAGUCAUAACUUCAUGUAGCUUCCUCAGUGUAAAUGCUUAUAAAAAAAAUGAUGUCAUUUCGGAAAAUGUUGUUGUUUUGUCGUCUCUUUUAGUUACAUUUCAAACGUUUUAACAUGGUCCUUAGCGUGUUAUUCAUAAAAAUUAUAUUUUGAAUAAUGUGGAUAAUAAAGAAAUUAUUACACAUGCGUGUGAAUCGUACUGAUUUUACGAAACUUGUGUCAGGAUUCAUGUAUUACCGUUGCUCUCGCUUGCGUAAUAAAACAAUCCUGACACUCGUUUCGUAAAAUCAGUACGACACGCAAGCUCGUAUAAUAAUCUCUAUUUAUGAUUUAUGUCAAAUUUCAAUACUUAGAGGUCGGAGUUCAUUACACAGUUUUUAAAUAGACGUGCUGCGCAAAAAAAGUAUUUUAUCCAAAGCAGACUUCUUUUAAAGAUUGUAGUGAUAGAAGGUUUUGAUCAAACCUCAGAUGUGACAGAAGUUUAGAUUUACAGAUUUUGUAUUUUAAGCAAAAUAAAUUUAUGACAUUCCUGUGAAAUAAAUUUUCUUUGACUAUUUCAACCAUGAUUCUUAAAGAGUAGCAUUUAAGUUACAUCAAUAUGAUAUCAUCAUGUUUAUAAAUGGUAGAUGAAUUCUCCUAAUGUGCACUUGCAGUAGACUUAAAGAGAAGCAUUUAAGUUGCAUCAAUCUGAUAUCAUCAUGUUUAUGAAUGACAGAUGAACCCUCCGAAUUUGCAAAUGCAGUAGACUUGAAAUAACCAUGCACUGUAGACUAGAACAAAACGAAAACCUUUGUAUUAUGAGAAUUCAUAUUUUAUCUCAUACAUGUGUAUGUUUUUGAUAAGCGUGCUACAUAAAAUACCAGAUUUUUAAACUGUUUGUAUAUAAUUGUAUUGUAAUCUCUGCACUGCCUUCUUGGGCCAGAGUUGUCCCAUUUUCCCCGUGAUUUUCGAAAAGAAAUUAUGAUGGGGAAAAUGAACACAAAAGCUUUUGUAUGUUAUUUUUAAAGCAAUUGUUUGUAAAUAUUAUUAGUGCCUGAAGUCAAGUUUUGUUUUAAGAAAUUGUGUGGCCUUGAAAAAUAUUGAUAGGCCUGCCUUGAGAAUAUUGAUAGGCCUGCCUUUGCAAAAUAUUGAUAGGCCUACCUUGACAAAAUAUUGAUAGGACUUGAGAAAUAUUGAUACUUGUAGUUACAGGCAGCAAUAGAUGAAUUGUUAUAAAACAAACGUGUAAUCUAGGAGAAGAACGGCUUGGUUAUAAAUAUUUUUAAAAUGUUUUGAUGAAUUUUUAACAUUUGUCAUAUUUUAUUUUUGCUACACUUGAAAUUAAAGAUACUGCACUUUUUAAAAUCAUGUUUGAUUUGUGGCCAGUAUACAUAGAUUUGUGAAUGUUCUAUUUUUAAAAUAAAUUGUUGUCUGUUUUGUUAAACACAGCAUUCCAUUUAUUUGGUCACAAUGUUUUGUAAAGUAAAAAAUUGCAGAAUAAGUCAAAUCUAUGCCACCGAUUACUUGCAGCUCUAAAGAAAGGUUAGCUUCUCUCAUACUCUAGAUUAUGUCAUAAUAACUAUUGUUAGAUUGUCCGGGUCUCAAAAUACAGGGAUGUGAGAGCUAUGCGGAAAUGUGCUUUUCCAUUUCAUCUAAAAAAACAAACAAACAUGAUGUUCAAUACUGUUCACCACACACGGUUCAUUUGCAUGUUUUCACGGUUUAAAGUUUAUGAUGUGUGCCUUAUAUUAUAAGUUAUAACCAGUUUAGAUUUGUUAGCACUGAAUGCAAUUUUUGGCAGUUCCAGGGGUUGCAAAUAACACUUUUCCUUCAGGGGCCCUUGAGCGGCCCCUGGACCCCGCCCACAGUAAUCUUUUUUGUUCCAGUCCCUCCACAUCCCUGAAAAUAGGAAGUAAAAUAUAGCCUCCUGUUUUUUGGGGUUUUUUUAAAACCUGCAAGCCAAAUAAUAUAGCCUGCUAAGAGAAAAAUAUGGCCUGCAGGAAAUAGAGGCAGCACUGGGUGAGGGGAGGGUUAGGGUUUUAGACAGGGUAAAACAGGUAUGGAGCCAUACCCAAAAAUAUUUGCAGAUAUGUUUUUUUUAAGUUAACCUUUUGACAAAAUUAAUUACUCUUGUCAGUAAAGUAUGAUUUUCUUAACCCUAACCCUAAACGUAACCCAUUUUCUUUCUGGGGAAUCUCUCCUCCCCCCCCCCCCCCCCCCCCAUACCAGCUAUUGACUAUAACAGAUUUUGUGUCUUGAAAAAUUACUUGAACAUUUGGUGGGUUUUUUUUUUUUUAGCAGAUGGAUUUUUAUUUCACCAGCAACGGUAGUUUAAAAAAAAAAUAGACUGCUUUUUACAGCCUGCUAUUUUGAGCCAUUGACACAUAAUAGCUGUAGUUAAAAAUAUGCUGGGGUGUGGUUAAUUAUUUCCUUAUCAAUCUUUUUUAAUAUUUAGAAAAAAGAUGGAAGAAAAGGGAAAUAAUUAUGGCUGUGAAAAGGAAGAAAUGGAAAUUGGUUGAUUUGGUAUUAAUUGUUUAAGACUCCAGCAAAUAAUUAUGGGCCAAAUUUUUGAAGCCUGUUUUUUCUUAAACGCGGGUGUUUAAGCAUUGUAAAUGUAUGUAGUUACACGCGUAUGAGACAUAAACAGACUGUAUAUUCGGUCGUAAAUUUUUAUGAUUGUCCAACAUCUUACAAUAUAUCUAAUGUAAAACAUUUACUCGUAGAAGUAUAUACUUUUGAUACUGAGAUUUUGGGAUGACUUAAACCAGUUUAGAAUUAUUUACUAGAAAGAACACACUGCCAUUUUUUAACAUCGAAUGUAUAGACCCAAGCUCUUCAAAAUACAUCAUUGCAGUUGAUCCGCUUUGUGGUAAAAAAAAAAAUCAUUUAUGUACAUGUUCGCUAGUUUACAAUUUCAUCAUUCAUCAAAACCAGUGGAGCAUGA